AUGUUAACAUCUGAUGAUAAAAAACGACGUGUUCAAUGGGCUAAACAGCAUAAAAAUGAUAAUUUUACACGUACAAUAUUUGCAGACGAAGCUUCAUUUCAACUUUUCCGUAACGCUAUUCGUCGUUGGACAAAACAUCCAAAUACUGAAUUUAAACGUAUACCUAAAAAUCGUCAAAAAGUUCAUGAUAAUGAUCCGAAACACGCCAGCAACAUUACCAAACAAUUCAUCAACGCUAAUGUACCACAAUUAUUAGAGUGGCCAUCUAAUAGUCCAGACGUUAAUCCCAUAGAAAAUAUUUGA